UCAAACUCUCAUCUUCACUUCGGUCUGAUUAUUUUUGUAACUAGUGCGGCGGAUUAGCAGCCAGAUCGGCUUGAAAGUACAGAGACAAGAAAGGGGUUACCCCGAAAACGCAAGAUGAGAAGAGGGAUCUCCUCGGCUCCGGACAAAGUGAUUUUAGCGGGGGUUGGGGGCUCUCCUCUGGACAAUAAUAUCAUUUUGACAACUCUCUCGGAUCGUUUAAACCCCGGUCAAUCCAACGCUACCUAUAUCCAAAUAAUAACCACCCCACCGCCUUGCAACGUUACACAGACAUCAAAUGUGUGUUUAUCCGAGCCUCAGAUAAACAACAUUUACACAACUCCACAACAAGCUGCAGCAAACGGAGCAGGACAACGACCCGCUUUAGGAAGACCGCCGGCAAAAAGGCGGUUAGCACUCGAUGAUUCAGAUCACCAGUACCAGUCAGAACCAGCCAGGACUCCAAGAGGCAGAGGAGCCACUGCGGUUGCCAAUGGGGCACGACUAAAGACACCUAGAACACCCAAGUCUCCACCAGAGAAGACGCGAUAUGACACGUCUUUGGGCCUGUUAACUAAGAAGUUUGUUGACCUCCUUGCUCAGUCUUCUGAUGGCGUUUUGGACCUCAACCUCGCCGCAGAAACCUUACAGGUACAGAAAAGACGGUUGUAUGAUAUCACUAAUGUACUAGAGGGCAUUCACCUCAUCAAGAAGAAAUCAAAGAACAACAUUCAGUGGAUGGGAUGCAGUCUGUUGGAGGUUGAGGGGGCAUUGAGCCAGAGACAAAGACUGACAGCAGAAGUUUCUGCGCUGGCAGAAGAAGAGCAGAGGCUUGAACAACUCAUCCAGAGAUGCAGCUUGGACAUGAGACACAUGAGCGAGUUGCAAAGCAAUCAGAAGUAUGCCUACGUAACGUACCAAGACAUCAAACAGGCGGGAAACCUUAGAGACCAGACUGUUAUUGUCAUCAAAGCACCCACAGACACCAAACUAGAAGUACCAGACCCUGAUGAGAGUUUGUCCAUUCAUCUGACCAGCACCAAAGGUCCUAUAGAAGUCCUGCUGUGCUCAGAUGAGGAGAAUGACCCCAGGAGUCCUGUGAAAAAUGGCAACAUGGACAUCAAUGGGAACUCACCUUUCCUCAAAGUCCUUCAAGAUUCCAGCUGCACAACCACUUCUCCCAGCACCUCCUUGCCUCCAACCUCGUCCACCUUAGCUGUCUCCGUCACUACUCUCUCCCCCAUUUCGUCCCCUUACACCAGUCUCCUUCAGCAAACGGAAGACCAGAUCCCUUCAUCCCUGGGACCUUUCUUGAACCUUGGGCCUCCUCUACUGGACCAAGAUGACUACCUUUUAGGUUUGGGAGAUGACCAGGGAAUCAGCGACUUGUUUGACGCCUGUGACUUUGAUAAGAUACCUACUUUUGGCCUGGAUGAUCUCCUGUGCAGCUAGCGAUAGCUUAUAGAAAUUUACACUAAGUGCAUGAGAGUGAGAUGAAGAAUCAGUGAGUUUUGAUGCUCGUGGCUUUGUAGUUAGUUUAAGCCAAUUCUAAAUAGAUGGAAAAUAAAUAAUGAGGGCUUUUUCAGUCCCAGUGGGACUAAAUGCCAUGUUCUUUUAUGGCAUCAGAGAUAAAUGGCCUUGCAUGAUUUCACACCAAGACAUGACCGGUCAGUGUGAAGACAUAUCCAUUACUCUUUGUCUCAGGCUCUUGUAAGGCCUCCAGUUAAGCUGAGGGGUGGGGGACACUGAUCAUCUGAAAGCCCUGGUUGUGUCUCUGGUUAAGAAUAAAUGUAGAGGGAAAGGAUAUC